AUGUCCUAAAUAUGUGAUUCUAGCUAUCUCAUCAAUUUUGACUGUUUAUAUUAAAAGAUAAAAUAGGCAAAAAAGUUUAAAGAAUAUGGUCAACUCUCUAAAGUAUUUAGCUCAAAUGGAAUUAUUGCCUAGUAAAUCAUGUAUUUUUUUAAAAAGAGAACAGAAGGCAUUGCAAAAGUAGAUAUUAUUAGAUUAUUUUAUGGAGUCAUGAUUCAUAAUUUCUAGCAAAUAUGGUAUUAAAAAGAUUUUAAAUAAAGCAAAAAUACUGUUUAAAUUAAGUUAAAUCUAAAAUCAACAGCAAAUUUACAAAAAUAAGCUGAAAUAUAUUACUAUAUUUAUUCGUUAAAUGUAGAAGUAUAAUAUGUAUAGGAGGAGAGAACUACAACUAUAAAUCUUGAAUAAACUAAUUAAUAAAUAAGAGCAUAUAUAAGUAAAUUUGGGAAGACACAAAAUGGUUUUGGAUUUCAGUUUUUUUGGGUUUGA